AUGUUACCGGACAUGGACGUCGACCCGAGCCAUCAGCUGCAGCACUCCCUUCAAUUGAUGUGCAGUCGCGAUGCGUCUCCGCUCACCCACUCCCGCAAACACUCGCGCGGCAGCAGCAGCGGCGAUUACUAUGAUGACGACGAGCUGGACCUCUCGUCUGAGGAGUCCGGACAAUUCGACGACGCUGAAGAGGAACUCGGCGCCACACCGCUCCCGACAACAACCCGUUCGCCAUCCACCCACUCGGCCAAGCGUCGCCGGUCGAACGACUGGCCCUUCGACCAGGGCGAGGAGAUGACCACCGCCGCGACCGCAGCCUCCUCCACCGGUCAUCGCUGGACGUUUCACGGACACAGUAGCAAGAACCCCGGUUCGAAUAACGGAUCUCCGCGAACAACCGGCCGACGAGCCGGGAACCGCGGGCGUCGGUCGCGUUUCGUGGAGGGACAUAUGAAUGACAGCGUGAGCGAGAAACCGCCGAGUAUUUUCCUGCGAGAUGCCAAUAGCAAAUCGGCUCGCGAGAGGCGCCAGCCCAGCCACAAACCAUCCGGCAUCUUUCGGUUUGGGAAGGCCAUUGCGUCGGCGUUUAAUCCCUUCGGCGUGCUGCAUAAUGUCUCCGACAUCUGGAAGGGUCCCUCGGAGACGCAGAAACCGUCGGAUGAUACGCUGGCGCGCGCGGAAGCGGCCUACGCGGAGUUGAAGAAGGCGGGAUACAAGGGCACAGUGAAGGGGAGUUACAUGCAAAGCGCACAGGGGGCAUCGUCUCAUAACUUGCCGGAUCAGACAUGGAAGUCGAUACAGGAGAAGAUGGACUACAAACCUGCGGGUCGUCAUUUGCGCCAGAGUUCCGGCGAAGGUAUCGGGUCUGGCGGCUCGAUUCGGAGCUCAUUCCAGGAGCUGCGCAAGGCCAGGUCGUCUCUGGGGAUUCCAGCGAUGUCUCUGAUUCCCGGGCGGCGAUCGGAUGAUGCCGAUUUCCCUGAAAUGCGGCGGCAGAAGUCGCGCAAGGAGCUCCAACGGCAGGCCAAACUGCUGAAGAGAGUCAGCGAUCUCGAGGAGAAGCUUGAACGCGCGCGCCGGGAGCUCCAGGAACUCAUGAGCGAGGAGGAUCUACCGUCGCAAAGUUUAUGCGCGGAGAAGCCGUAUUCGCGGAAGUUUGUUCCCGGAAUGCUGCCUUCGCUUCCGUCCGAGAGGAUCCUACAGCACCGGGCUGCAUCAUUACCUGCAUCAGGAGUAGCCGCGUCAGCCUCCCCUGCGAAGGACGCCCAAUUGACUUACGGGGACCAGGAAAUUGCAGAGCUUCCGUCUACGAGUGAGAAGCCGAUUAUCAACCAAACGACCCCUAGACCGGCGAGCGCGUCCAAAGCGCAGUCCUUGGCCGUGGACAGUCCUCCCUCUCGCAAGCGCAAAUCUCCCGACCCUCAAUCCGCACGGGCAGAGAAGAUGUCCCAGACAAACAACGCCGAUGCGUCGAACUCGAAAAAGAGUCCCGCGGCCAACGUGUCUUACUACGACACCGACCUCACACCGUCUCGAAAGCCCAAAUUACCCAAGAUGGUCCGACAGGACAGUCCCGGCUCAGUCGAACGCAAACAGACCCGCGAUCAGGAGCAUCAAGAAGACUCCAAUGGCGGCCGCUCGCCGGGAGAAGACCGAGGACGACGAUCUGUCCAGCCGCUCCGAUCCCACAGCAAGCGAUCACCUUCGCAGCGCAGACGAGCAUCCAAUUCUCGGAAUCGCGGCACGGGAGUAACCGCCAACAACACGCGGACGCCCUCUCUGCGCAUGAAAAAAGGCCGCGCCAACCUCCGCUGCGAUUCCAACACCAUCACCGACGAGUUCAUCCUCCGCCACACUGACCCCGAAGACAAAGAGAACCAGAGCCAGCCCCAGACCCAGACCCAACAACCUCAGCUGGACGCCACCACGGCCACCAAGGUCUACCACCAAGAGAACGAGGAACCUCUUCUUGACCUCGACCAAAUCACCCCGAGUCCAAGCCCCAGUCCCACCAAGCGGAAAGACCAGUCGCGAUACAACCAAAGCUAUAGCUAUAUCCCGCCCGUGCCUCCCAUCCCCAAGGACCUAGCCGCCACAGCGGCGAAAGUCGACCGUCGGUUAGCCAAAGAGAUGGGUAAGAAGCGAGAGGCACGGGGAAAGAAGUAUCACGGGCAAGGGCAGGAGAACAUCAUUUCCACGGACGAGGCGUUCCGGUGGCCGGAUGAUAUCUUUUGA